AUGACAUCAUCUUCGAGACAAAAUAGGAUUAUUAAUCCCGGGCCAGAGGAUUCGUCACUCUUUCGAUUUCAGAGUUUUCAUGUCUCUGAAUAUAUUUGGGAUGGACGUGAUCACCCGAUGUUGAGGGUCAGAAAAAGUCAAAAUAUUUCUGGUGGAUUAGAAGGUGUUCCUCAGAAAAUUAUUCCGCAUUUAGAGUUAGCCAAUUUUAUUGGACUGGCUAACUUAUCACAAUUUUCGCUGGACAUGGGACUAAUUACUGCAUUAGUUGAGAGGUGGAGGCCUGAGAUGCACACUUUUCACUUGUCCCCUGGAGAGUGUACUAUUACUCUUCAGGAUGUUGCUAUCCUAUUGGGGCUACGCAUAGAUGGGAGGCCGGUUAUAGCAACUACUGGAGGUAAUUGGGCUCAGAUUGUUGAAGACCACCUAGGUAUCAGACCAGGGGCAGAUGCUUUUGUAGGGAGUUUUCUGAAGAUGAGCUAG